AUGGGCCUCAUUUCUGCACGGCUUCUGGCCGUGUUGGGGGCCUUUGCCCUUGCCGACAGUUCUUUUGAGUUUAAUCUCUUGCCUCUCUUUACGAACUUCGUGAAUGCUGAUCCGUCUCAGCCCGGAAAUCUGUACGCAACCCUCGGGCUGAAGAGGAAUGCAACAACCACUGAAAUCAAGAAGGCCUACCGGAAGCUAUCCAUGAAAUUUCACCCCGACAAGAACAAAAGUCCCGAUGCAGAGGCGAAGUUCCGCGAGAUUUCAUAUGCGUAUGAAGUGUUGAGCAAUGCAGAGCAAAGAAAGGUGUACGACGCGCAGGGCCACGCAGGACUGGAGAGGCUGAAACAAGGAGCAGGACAGGAUUCUGGACAUCCAUUUGAUGUAUUUUCUGAAUUUUUUGGUGGAUUUGGGGGUUUUGGUGGCUUUGGAGGCAGAGGGGGGGCCCGCGAGAUUCCGCAGGCUCCCAGCACUGUGCUGAAGUUGCCUGUAACUUUAGAGCAGAUCUACGAUGGCGUGAGUUUAGACUUUAGUUUCUCUCGGCCUGUCCUCUGCAUCAAUGCAGAUGAGUGCAUGAUGAAAAAGAAAGAAUGCAAGGGGCCGGGAAUCCGUAUUAUCACUCAACAAAUGGGCCCGGGGUUCAUCGUUCAGAAUCAAAUUCAAGAUGAUUCCUGUGUAGAUCAGGGCAGGGCGUGGAUUCAAGGAUGCAAAGAGUGCCCAAGCGGCAUCACGGAAUUGGAGUCAAUCGAACUUAGUGCAACUGUCGAACGCGGAAUGCAAACGGGAGAGAAAAUAAUGUUUGAGGGGAUGGGAGAGAAUCGCAUAGGCCAUGAACCCGGCGAUUUAAUUCUUAUUGUAGAGGAGUUGCCGCAUUCUCGGUACACGCGAAGAGGGAACGAUCUGCACAUGACGCUGCGCAUUGACCUCAUGCAGGCUUUAGUUGGAUUUGAGCUUAAAUUCGAUCAUCUGGAUAAGAAGGAAGUGCAGAUUCAGAAAUCUUCUGUCACCUAUGACGGCGAAGUAAUCAAAGUUAAAGGCAAAGGAAUGCCGAAAAGAGGCAACACUGCAGCAUACGGAGAUCUGCACGUUACGUGCAAAAUCAAAUACCCCAAACAACUCAAUGACAAACAAAAAAGACUCAUUAAGGAGGCGCUCGCUGGCGUUCCGAUGGAGGUCUUCAACUAA